AUGGAAGAAGAAAGUCUUUUUAAAAAAAUUAAAUAACAACAACCUCAUUUAUAAACAGUUUUAGAAUAGUUUAUAUCACCAUAAUCUUAAUAAGGAAAUCCUUCCGAAAAUCUUUUUAUUGAAAAAAAUAUUCCGGAUAUUUUCAAAUGGGUUAAUUAUUUAUUCACAAGUAACAACUAAACUAUUAAAUAAGAAUAUAAAAUGCCUAUCGCAUUUAAAAAUACAAAAAGAGUUUGCCGAAUUUUCGAAAUGAUGUACCUGGGCCUUUCUGAAAGUCGUACAUAUAUUUCAGAAUUACUUUAUACUCCUUAAUAAGGUUUCGAAUUAAUAAAAAGACAAGAUAUAUAUGAGAAUUAAAAUAUUUAUAAACAAAAGAAAAACGAACUUCCUGUAUAUUUACGAAAAGUAGAUUUCUCAUAGACAAUAAACAAUUUAAUUAGAGGUACUAAAAACAAUACCGAAGAAGAUAAACUAUACAGUGCAAACUUAAGCAAACAAAAUAAUGAUUUAAUAUUCGAAGAAGUUUCUCGUUUACUAGACACAACAAAAGAUAUAUAAAUUAAACAAAAAUACGUUGAAGACAUAAGUGAAGAAGCAUUCGAUGUAGAAUCAUAAAAUAUAUUAAGAAAAUUUGUCACUAGAAGACUUUCAUGUUUAGUCGGAUAAGGAGCUUUUACAUUUGGUUCUUGGUCAACUUAUAUGACUGAAAUAGUAAAAAUCCAGAAAUUAAAUUUAAGUGCCGUAAUGCCAAAUGAAGUAAAAGUAACACUAGACAUAAAGGAAGAAAAAGAUAUGAAUAUAUGCUUAUGGCCUGAAUUCCAUAACGGAGUUGCUACUUCAUUAAAACUUUCAAAACAAAUUAUGAAUAUGAAUGCUGAAAAUUUAAAAACUUGGAUUUUUUAUCAGAAACCCGAAACAGUAGAAUACGAUCACGGAGGCUUCUUACUUGGAUUAGGUCUUCUUGGAUAUUUAGACUGCUUAUCCCCCACUGACAUAUUUUAGUAUUUAAAGCCGAAUCACGAAACUACUUCUGUAGGUAUUCUCUUAGGUAUAGCAGCCUCCAGGAUUGGAAAAUCAGAUGACUCAACUUCCAAAACAUUAUGUUUACAUAUUCCUUUCCUACUCCCUCCUUCUUAUGACGUGGAAAUUCCUUUAAAUGUUCAAACAACAGCCUUAAUAGGGGUCGGCUUAAUCCAUAAAGGAUCAUCUAACCGAUUAAUAACGGAAAUGACCUUGGCAUAAAUUGGACGAAAACCUGUUUCUGACAAAUGCUUAGAUCGAGAAGGAUAUUCUCUAGCCGCAGGAUUUUCUUUAGGCUUAAUAAAUUUAGGAAAAGGCGCUUCUCAUACAAAUAUAAAAGACCUGGAAUUAGAAUAGAGACUAAUUAGAUUUAUUGAAGGAGGAAAAAUAAUGAACCCACCCUCUUCUAUGUUAUCUAGUAAUUUUAAUUCUGAUAAUAAAAGUAGUAGCAUAAAAGAAGGAAAUUCAGUUAAUACACAUGUUACUGCUUCCGGUUCUUUAAUUGCUUUAUGUUUGAUCUUUUUAAAAUCCAACGAAAAAAAUGUAUGUGAUAAAAUUACAAUUCCGAAUUCUUUCUCAACGAUAGAAAAUUGUAACCCGAAUAAUAUACUACUUAAAGUAAUGGCCAAAAACCUUAUAAUGUGGGAUUCUAUAGGAAAUACUAAAGAAUACAUAUAUGGUUAAAUACCUGAUAUUAUUAGGUUUAUAUAUGAAAAAAGUUUCAAAGAAGUCUAUUAAAGAUAUUAUCUUAUAUAUAAUGUAUAUGAAAUAGAUUUCAGCACUAUCACAAGUAUUUACCUUAAUAUUAUUGGAGGAUCUAUUAUGGCAAUGGGGUUAAAAUAUGCUGGUACUGGAGAUAAGAAAGCUGUAGAAACAAUAAUGGGUGAAAUUUAAAAACUCAGAAAACUCAAAACUUCCAAAUGUGAUCUUGUAAAUGAUCCUUCAGCAAAAUCUUUAAUUGAUUAAUAUAGUCUUUUUGUUCUUUUUUCAGUUUCUAUACUUUCUUUUAGUUUAGUAAACGCUGGUACUUGUGAUAUCUAAUCGAUUAAAAUGGCAAGAAUAAUAAGAAAAAAAUUUCAAGAUUCAGGUACUUUCCAUUAUGGGUUCAAUAUGGCUAUUAAUAUGGCUAUUGGAUUCUUAACUUUGGGACAUGGAAAUUACUCAUUUAAUAGAGAUGAUAUGUCUAUUGCUGCAUUGCUUAUUUCUAUAUAUCCAUAUUUUCCUAAUAAUCCUUCUGAUAAUAAAUAUCAUUUAUAAGCUUUGAGACAUUUUUAUGUUUUAGCUGUAGAAUAAAAAGUAUUCCAUGCAGUAGAUAUAGAUGAAGAUAAAGUAGUAAAUGUAUUAGUAGAAUUAAAAUAUUAGGAUAAUGAAUAAAUUUAAACUGAAAAAUAAUACACACCAAUUCUUUUAUAGGAAUCUAAAAAAAUUAUUGCUGUAAAAGUUGUUGAUGAUGAAUUUUAUAAAUUCGAAAUGUCUUUUUAAAAUUCGAUUAAAAAUCCUAAAAUUAUAUAUGUAAAGCGAAAAUACUCUAACAAUAUAGAAAAAGAUACUCACGAUGAAAAAAAUAAACUUAAAUAAUAUUUCAAAUAAACUAAUUAUUAAAGGCCUUUAGUAAACUUUGUGUUGAUAAAAAUUUCUAAAUGUCUAAAUCUUUAAUUGGUUAUGUAUUUCCUUUUAAACCUAAACCAAAUAUUGAUAACUCAUUUGCUCUUUUUAAACAUUUUGACUCUUUAGAGUCUUUUUCCGAAUAAAUUAAUUCCUUUAUUUUAGUAGAAGAAAGCAAUAAUUGCCCUUAUAAUGAAAGCUUGGAGUCUAUUGAUUAAUUAAUUCAUACUUGUAUUUAAGAAGAUAGAUUAGAGUUAAUAGAAUCUUAAUUACAUUUGCUCAAGAAUAGCUCUUCUUUAAUUAAUAUGGAUUGCAACUAUUUAUAAAAUUUGAAUAUUCUAAUAAAUUUUAUGAAAAUCAUAAUCAAAUGAAAAAUAUGGGAUUAGAAAAUAGUUAAUUGUUUAAUUCUUAGAAAAUGAAUUUGUUAAGAUAUAGAAUUUAAUAAAAGUUUAUUGAAUAAAUUAUGAAUAAUAAGGAUUAAAAAUUAAAAUAUUUAAUAAGCAAUUAUUUUACAUGCCCUGAAAACUUUUAAUUGGAUAAAGUAGAUUUGGAAGAGUUCUAAUCUUUAUAAAAAAUUAUGAAAUUAAAUACAUUCCUUAACGUACCUUUUAAGCAUGAUCUUUUACUUAUUAAAAAGUUUUUCGAUAAAUUAACAACUUUAAGUGGAUAAUAAGGGUAAAAAAAUACUUUAGACAAUAAAUAAAGGUUAAAUAGUAUUUGCUAAAUGUAUCUUUAUGUUUCAUUCCCUUUAUGUCCAUAAGAUUUAUUAAAUAAUAUAACUAAUUUAUACUUAGUUGAAGAAUGCUAGGUAG